AUAAAAUUGGGGUGAAGAAACAGGUCUAAGGAAUCAGAAUCCAAUGGGGUUAGGCAUAUGAAAAAGCAGUUAAACAUUAUUAGGUGUUGCAUUGUCCUGUACCCAGAGAAAAUGCCAGCAAUGUGGGCCUCAAUGACUUGAAUGCGUGUCCAAAAAUCAAAGCAAAUCUCUGCAACAUCAAUCGCUAACAGUUAUCAGCUCCACCGACUAUUCACUUUCUAGUGUAUUUCUCAUUUUAUUGUGCAAUGGAAGAUGGAGAAUGGGUUCUGGUACGCAACCCCCCACAGGAGUGGUGGAACCCAAGCUUAACGAAUGCAGAGAAUGUGGCUCCUCCUAGGCCCUUGAAGAUUACUUUUUCUGGGCCUGCAACCCACUGGACUGAUGCCAUCCCCAUCGGCAAUGGCCGUCUUGGGGCCAUGGUUUGGGGUGGCGUGCCGUCAGAACUUCUCCAGCUCAAUGAGGACACACUUUGGACUGGAAUUCCUGGCAACUACACCAACCAAAAUGCUCCACAAGCACUGGCUGAAGUUCGAAAACUUGUUGAUAAUAGAAAAUUCUCUGAAGCUACGGCAGCAGCUGUCAAGUUGUCAGGAGAUCCUUCUGAUGUAUACCAACUUCUCGGUGAUGUCAAGAUAGAAUUUGAUGAUUCUCAUCUUACAUAUUCAAAAGAAUCUUAUCAUAGGGAGCUGGAUUUGGAUAAUGCAACAGUGAAAACAAAAUACUCUCUGGGUGAUGUUGAAUUUACCAGAGAACAUUUUGCCUCUAAUCGGGACCAAGUGAUGGUGACAAGGAUUUCUACAAGCAAGCCAGGGUCAUUAUCGUUUAUAGUUUAUGUGGAUAGCAAAAUGCAACACGAUUCACGGGUAAGUGGCCAAAAUCAGAUAAUAAUGAAAGGAAGCUGUCCUGGCAGUAGGAUACGACCAAAAGUGAACUCAAGUGACAUUCCAAAGGGAAUUCAGUUUUGUGCUGUUCUUGAUAUACAGAUUAGUAAAGAUAGAGGGGUUAUACAUGUUUUGGACAAUAAGCUAAGAGUUGAAGGUUCAGAUUGGGCUAUUUUGCUUUUGACAGCUGCUUCUUCUUUUGAUGGUCCAUUUACUAAGCCUGACGACUCUAAGAAGGAUCCUACUUCCGAGUCCCUCAAUAAAAUGAAGUCUGUGAAAAAAUUUUCAUAUGCUGAUCUUUAUGCACGUCACUUAGAUGACUAUCAGAAUUUAUUUCACCGUGUCUCAUUGCAACUCUCUAAAAGCUCUAGAAAUGUUUUUGGAAAAUCUAUUUCGGAUGAAAGGCAAUCGAUUUCCUCUCUAACUAACAUCUCUGGAAUGGGAAGUGAUGAUAUGGUUCCAACUUCAGCAAGAGUCAAAUCUUUUCAAACUGAUGAAGAUCCUUCCCUCGUGGAGCUUUUGUUUCAAUAUGGUCGGUAUCUGCUGAUUUCUUGUUCACGUCCUGGAACUCAGGCGGCAAAUCUACAGGGUAUCUGGAACAAAGAUGUUGAGCCUGCAUGGGAUUGUGCUCCUCACCUGAACAUUAAUCUUCAAAUGAAUUAUUGGCCGUCCCUUUCUUGCAACCUACAUGAGUGUCAAGAGCCAUUAUUUGAUUAUAUUUCCUCUUUGUCAGUCAGUGGUAGUAAAACUGCAAAGGUGAACUAUGAAACAAAUGGUUGGGUUGCACAUCAAGUUUCUGACAUAUGGGCUAAAACAUCCCCAGAUCGAGGUGAUGCUGUUUGGGCUUUAUGGCCAAUGGGCGGAGCUUGGCUUUGUACCCAUCUGUGGGAGCAUUAUAUGUAUACGAUGGACAAAGAUUUUCUUAAAAAUAAAGCAUAUCCUUUGUUGGAAGGAUGUACAUCCUUUUUGUUGGAUUGGUUGAUUGAAGGCCGUGGUGGAUUAUUGGAAACUAACCCAUCAACUUCACCAGAGCACAUGUUCACUGCACCAGACCAAAAGCCUGCUAGUGUGAGCUACUCAUCAACCAUGGACAUUUCAAUCAUAAGAGAAGUUUUCUCCAUAAUCAUUUCUGCUGCUGAGGCUUUGGGAAGACAUGAUGAUGUUAUUAUCAAGAGAGUCACCGAGUCUCAGUCUAAGCUCCCUCCAACAAAAAUUGCUAGAGAUGGUUCCAUUAUGGAAUGGGCUGAAGAUUUCCAGGACCCAGAUGUACAUCAUCGACAUGUUUCACAUCUGUUUGGACUGUUUCCAGGGCACACAAUAAGUCUUGAGAAAACUCCAGACCUCUGUAAAGCUGUGGAUUUUAGUCUAAUUAAAAGAGGGGACGAUGGUCCAGGAUGGUCAACAACUUGGAAAGCUUCCCUGUGGGCACAUCUUCGCAAUAGUGAGCAUGCAUAUCGCAUGAUAAAACACCUGAUUAUCCUGGUGGACCCUGAUCAUGAAAGUGAUUAUGAAGGAGGACUUUACAGUAACCUGUUCACAACACAUCCCCCUUUCCAGAUUGAUGCUAACUUUGGUUUUUCAGCAGCAAUUGCAGAAAUGCUUGUUCAAAGCUCAAUGAAGGACCUCUAUUUGCUUCCUGCAUUGCCCCGGGAUAAAUGGGCCAGUGGUUGUGUGAAAGGAUUAAAAGCGCGGGGUGGGGUGACAGUCAACAUUUGCUGGAAAGAAGGAGAUCUGCAUGAAGUUGGCCUUUGGUCAGAAAACCAUAACUCCCAAGUGAGACUACAUUAUAGAGGAUCCAUGGUUUUGACAAAUUUAUCACCCGGCAGAGUUUACUCAUAUAAUAACCGGUUGAAAUGUGUGAAGACAUACUCCCUUAGCGAAGUGAAUCCUUGAAUUUCCCCCCCAAACUUUUCUGAUAAAUCUUCUGAGGAAAAUGCAUUGCUAUUUGCAGUUUGUCUCUGGCUUAAUUUCGGAUGUAGUUUGCUGGGUCACGAUCCCUUUAUCCAAGAGUCAACUAGCCACAGAAGAAGUAGUUCAACGGAGAAGUUUUUCAUGAAUGCAUCCGUUGUACGUUUUACGGCGUAAAACCUGUUGAUAUUACUGUCAUUCUGUUAUUCAAUUUUACACGAAUGGAUUGUUGAUGUUCUGUCGAACAUCAGCAUUUAUGUUUCUGGGUCAUGAUACUUUUUGGCACUCCUUUUCAUGGGC